AUGGGACCUCAUGAGAGAAGCUGGGCGACUUUUGGGUAUUUCGUCAGACUACUUGACUCAAGUAACAUAACGAAUGCGUAUGUCAGUGGUAUGAAAGAGUACCUAGACUUUCGAGGCAAUAAGUACCUGCUGCAAACAUUCUUCACUUGCGGGUAUCUAGUCGGCCAAGUUCCUUCGCAAUCCCUGCUCACUCGCAGCGCGAUCUAUUUUCAUCUUCAAACAAACAAGCUAAUGGCUGCCAAUUCGCCCUUCAAUUUACCUCCCCAUGGCCGAGCUUCUUUUGGACUGUUUGUCACCCUUUGUUUUGCCGCAGUCAAGGACGUUCGUCAGGUCUUAGCAAUGAGGUUCCUGCUUGGAGUUCUUGAAAGCCCCUUCAUUUUCGGCGUUCUAACCAUCAUGGGGAGUUGGUAUACCCCGCGAGAGCUUUCCAAACGGAUCUCAAUUUUCUACUUGGCCAGCUAUGCUGCCAGCAUAUUCAGCGGAUAUCCCUUGGUCGCAAUUUGUAAGGGUCUUAAUGGAGCCGGCGGUCUCCCAGGCUGGCAGUGGUUGUUCAUUUUCUGUGGCAUAAUCUCGAUCUGGGCUCCCAUCUGGGGAUGCUUCGCCGUCCCUGACAACCCUCAUAUUACAAAGGCCCUCUGGAAGCGUACAGGUGAGCAAUCAAAGCACAUAGCGCGGAUGGAAGCCAUCGACCGGCGCAAACCUAGGCCUUUGAUGAAAGCUAGGGUCUCAGCGAUAUUCACCAACUGGCCCAUCUACUUCUUCAGCUUCGCCUUGCUCAAGUCCUUGAACCGUUUCACGGUAUACCAAAUCAAACUUUUCCCCACUGCAGCACAAGCGGUCGGCCUUGUCUCUGAUGGACUGGGAAAGAGGUGGCAGGUUCUGCUGAUCUCAGCCUUUAUCGAUUCCAGCUACGCGUUGAUCUUUGUUGUAUAUGUUAUUAACGCCGCUUCUUGGGGCUUCUGGCCAGUACUUUAUGCGUGGGCGAUUGAGAUCAUGCACAAAAACAUGGAGGAGCGCGCAAUCGUCAUCGGAGUCGCAGAGACUCUAGGCCAGGCCUUCAUCGCAUGGGUCCCUGUGGUGAUCCUAGAUGUGGAUAAAUACGCGCCCUCCUUCCACAUGGGAUUCUCUGUCGUGUGUGGAGUGAGCGUUUUGAAGCUUUCGAGUAUUUUCCUCAUCAGAUACGUUGAGAAGCGAAAGGUGACGAAGAACGACCAAGAAAGUACUAGCGAGUGA